AUGGCAAAAGGACUGCGAUCAAGCUCCAAGAAGGCGAACCGCACCAAGCUGCGCAGCCGAGUCUUCGCGCCUGUCGAGAAAGCCCGUGCUGAACGCCUGCACGCAAAACUCCUCGAGACCAUCCAGCAAGAAAAGCCAGAGGCUGCCAAGAAGAGCGACAUGGACGUCGACAAAGACUCCACGAACACUACGGAAGCGAUCAAGGAGGAUGACUUUCCCAAAGGUUCGUCAUAUCUCACUGCUGCUAUCCCACGUUCUCUGUGCGAAGACACAAUCACAAAGCUCGAUCCUGCACAAGAAGACUUACAGAUGAGAAACCUGUGUUUCCACCUGGGGCUCUGCUCCGACAUCCUGGGCUUCAGUGAUGAAGGGCAUCUCAAGUUUGCCUUUGACCCGCUUCCACCGCACUGGUUGAACAUGGACGUCGACGCUGCCGCCUCAGCUGCGAAGAAAUCGAGCAAAAAGGACGACCGCAAGGUCAGGAAGCCCGGACGAGCAAGGAAGCCGCAGAACUCCAUGACCUUUCCCAAGUCGCGUGGGAAAGGUGCGUUGAAGCCCUUUACCGGUGGGCGUGUCAACAAGCGGCGAUGA